AUUAAUUAACAUGAUUUGCCUUGUAUUAUAUAUGUUUUAUAUACACUGAUCGCAGAUAAUAUUUUGUAUCUUUUUUGUUUAGUUUGUUGAUUGAAGUAAUUUGUUGCCCCUGUUACAUUCCGCUAAUGGAUUCGUCCGCCGUGAGGCCUUUACGGUAGUACAGAAGAGGGUUUUGGGUGUGGUACACAGUAGGAAGGCAUCUUCGGCGAGCGGAGCGUCCGAAUCAGAGAGUUUAUCAUGCCGACGUUGCGGGACAGUAGCAUGUCUCACCCCGGCGAGAACCCUUACCAAGUCCGGGUAAAAGCUUACUACAAAGGGGACAUCAUGAUCACCCACUUUGAGCCGUCCAUCUCCUACGAGGAGCUGUACGGGGAGGUCAAAGACAUGUGUUGCAUGGACAACGACCAGCUCUUCACCAUGAAGUGGAUCGACGAAGAAGGUGACCCGUGUACAGUAUCGUCUCAGCUGGAGCUGGUGGAAGCCCUGAGGCUCUAUGAAGUCAACAAAGACUCUGAACUCAUCAUCCACGUGUUUCCAUGUAUCCCAGAGAAGCCUGGCAUGCCCUGUCCAGGAGAAGACAAGUCUAUAUAUCGUCGUGGGGCGCGGCGCUGGAGGAAACUCUACUAUGCCAGUGGUCAUGUCUUCCAGCCCAAACGGUUCAACAGGAGAGCUCACUGUGCCAUCUGCACAGACCGUAUCUGGGGUCUGGGGAGACAGGGCUACAAAUGCAUCAACUGCAAACUGCUGGUCCACAAGAAGUGUCACAAGCUGGUCAGCGUGGAGUGUGGUAAACAGAUCCAGGAGCCCAUCAUGGGGCCUGAUAGGGGGGCCUCCAUCACACCAUUAGACCACUCUGAACAGCCAGGUCCUCAGAACAAAGACUCCAGUGAGAGUUUGAACUCAGAUGGAGAAGAGAAAGAGGCCCGCUGCAGCAGAGACACGGGGAAGUCAGCUUCCAGUCUAGGUCUGGUGGACUUCGAUCUGCUGAGCGUGAUUGGCCGGGGCAGCUAUGCCAAGGUCCUGCUGGUCCGACUCAAGAAGACAGAGAGGAUCUAUGCCAUGAAGGUGGUUAAGAAGGAGCUGGUCAACGACGACGAGGACAUUGACUGGGUCCAGACAGAGAAGCACGUGUUUGAGCAGGCGUCCAACCACCCCUUCCUAGUGGGGCUUCACUCCUGUUUCCAGACUGAGAGCAGACUGUUCUUUAUCAUAGAGUAUGUGAACGGAGGAGAUCUGAUGUUCCACAUGCAGAGACAGAGGAAAAUACCUGAGGAACACGCCAGGUUUUACUCUGCAGAGAUCAGCUUGGCGUUGAACUACCUCCACGAGAGAGGCAUCAUCUACAGAGACCUCAAACUGGACAACGUGCUGCUGGAGUCGGAGGGACACAUCAAACUCACUGACUACGGCAUGUGCAAGGAGGGCUUGAGGCCAGGGGACACCACCAGUACGUUCUGUGGGACCCCCAACUACAUCGCCCCCGAGAUACUGAGAGGAGAGGACUACGGUUUCAGCGUGGACUGGUGGGCUCUGGGGGUGCUGAUGUUUGAAAUGAUGGCUGGACGGUCGCCCUUCGACAUUGUAGGAAGCACCGACAACCCAGACCAGAACACAGAAGACUACCUAUUCCAAGUAAUAUUGGAAAAACAGAUCAGGAUUCCUCGAUCGUUGUCAGUCAAAGCUGCCAGUGUCCUCAAGGGCUUUCUCAACAAGGAACCUAAGGAGAGGCUAGGUUGUCACCCCCAGACGGGCUUCGCUGACAUCAUGGGUCAUCCCUUCUUCCGAAACGUAGACUGGGACCUUAUGGAACAAAAGCAGGUGGCUCCUCCAUUCAAACCCAACAUCUCAGGAGAGUUUGGACUGGACAGCUUCGACACCCAGUUUACCAACGAGCCUAUCCAGCUCACGCCUGAUGACGAUGACGCGGUGAAGAAGAUCGACCAGUCGGAGUUCGAAGGGUUCGAGUACAUCAACCCUCUACUGAUGUCGGCCGAGGAGUGUGUGUGAACUAGGGAGUGUGUGGGAGUGGACACAGCACGCCGCCUCGUGUCCUCGACGACGUCACUAUUCAGCUCUGCAUGGUUACCAGACUACCCGGCGAUGACAUCAUCAAAGAGCGUCCUGCUGUUGAAUAGAGAGAGGCGGAGAGCCGCCGGGGCUCUCAGACAAGAGACACUAACUUGCCAAACCAAUCUCACAUAGUGUGUCACAAAUGGCACCUUAUCCUUGACGUGUAGUGCACUAGGGAAUGGGGUGCCAUUUUGGACGAACGUCACUGUCCUUUUUUUUUUUUUAACCACUAGUCUUUUAGAACUACUUUCUCUCAAUUAUUUUUGUAUUCAUGUAUCAAAUCCGCACUGAUUUCCUCGUUGGUCAUCAGAGUGCAGGCCCCCAGUAGCCAAUGAGGCUUGGAGGUUGGUUACCUAGGUUACUGGACACAAAGGGAAGGGGGGGGGGGGGGGGGGGGGGGGGACACAGACGGUCCACAGAGAACAAACUAACCAUCCUCUCUUCUUCCCAGCUUGGAGGUGGUUAAAUGCAUAUUUUAUUUGUACAUAAUAAGAACGAUGUUUAGCCAAGGCCUUUUAACCCCAAGCCAGAUCACCAGGGAACAUAAUUGAAAUCGGUUUCACUACACGUAUCAUGAUGAGCGUUGUUGCAGCAGCAUGUUUGUAGAGGACUGAAGAACAACAAGUGGACAACCGCAUUUUAAAAUUAAAAAAAAAAAAAACACAUCUAUAUAUUUUUCUCAUUUUAUUUAAUGAAAUGGCAGUCUGUGUACGCUGGUCAAUGUCCCCAAAGUGUUACGCCGUCGUCAAGCCCGUUGGCUCACUUAUUGUUUACGUUUUGCUGUAGUCUUCGUGGAAACUUCCAGGACAGCCACGGUUCCAAGUUAAAACGAUUGCCGUCUCAGCAGCCAACCAACACUAACUAACGUAGACACUGACAGAAAGGCACAUGUCGAAUGGCAUCCUAUACUAUAUAAAGAGCGCAACAAAAGUACUCUACAAUAACACUGCGAGAUUUAGAGUUAGGGUAUUGUUAUGGAUACAACCACACUGUGAAUGAAAGAGUUUACUGUGAGGAGAAGAUUUGGAUACGAGUGGGCUGGACCACUAGCUGAGUUUAGUGAUAUGUCCCAAAUGGCACACUAUACUCUAUCUAGCGCACUACGUUUGGUCAUAGCUCUAUGUGCCCUGGUCAAAACUAGUGCACAAUUAUUUUUAUUUUUUUAACCUUUAUUUAGCUAGGCAAGUCAGUUAAGAACUAAUUCUUAUUUUCAAUGACAGCCUGGGAACAGUGGGUUAACUGCCUGUUCAGGGGCAGAACGACAGAUUUAUACCGUGUCAGCUCAGGGAUUCGAUCUUGCAGCCUUUCGGUUACUAGUCCAACGCUCUCACUAGUUAGCUCUGCAUGGUUACCAGACUACCCGGCGAUGACAUCAUCAAAGAGCGUCCUGCUGUUGAAUAGAGAGAGGCGGAGAGCCGCCGGGGCUCUCAGACGAGAGACACUAACUUGCCAAACCAAUCUCACAUAGUGUGAAUGCUUCACAAAUGGCACCGUAUCCCUCUACGUGUAGUGCACUAGGGAAUGGGGUGCCAUUUUGGGACGAAAGUCAUUCUUGCCAUUUGGGACACAACCUAGUAGUUUAUGCAAACUGUCGUUGACAAAGAACCAAAACAAUAUUUUCUAAAGGAGAAAGAAAAUCUGUUAAAUAUGUCUUGUCGUUUACAGUGGUACAGUACACACACAGUAGGAAAAUGUGGUGUCCUAAUAUUAGCCAGGAAAAAGGUUGUUUUUUCCCCCUCUCUGUUCAUUUUUAAAAUAGAAUGCCUUUCUGAAACGUUUUUGUUAUAUAUCUGUUUUCACAAUAUUAAAAAAACAAGUUUCUACAGUUUUCUCUAGUCCCAUGUCUGUGAAUCAGUUUGAAUAUGAAUGAUGAGGAUGGAGUCAGACCGUCGAUCUCCUGGACCACUUCUGACCACUACAGAUGACGCUCUUGAAAGAGAUUUCAAUCAAAUCUAAUAAGAAACACUAUCAAAGCAUUUAACAGCUUCAAUUUAUAUUCCAAGUUCUGAAUAGAGGUUUAAAAAAAAAAUAAUAAUUGUUCAGUCUCAAAUGGCACCCUAUGCCCUAUAUAGCACACUACUUUAGAUCAGAGCUCUAUGGGCCAUGGUGAAAAAAAAUAAGUGCACUAAAUGGGGAAUAGGGUGCCAUUUAGGAUGACGAUUGGGACGCUACCAAAGUGUUUUAAAGUGGUGCCAAGUGGUGAUUGGAGGAACAAACACUCUUCAGAAUUUUUAUCAUGUUACUUUAUAUUGCAAUGUAUUUUUGUUACUUUAAAAAAUGUACAAAAAAUCAAAUGUGCUGUUUCUCUAAUGAUUGAUCGCUACAUUGAUUGGUGAUUAUUGUUAUUGUGUGAAACCUGUUUGAAAACACUUUGAUGGGGAUGAUGUGUGAUUUCAUCCAGAGGUGCCUACUGAAAUGCUUAACAGGAUGUAAAAACGGAUUUCUCAAAAUAAACAUUUUUAUUUCCCUCCA